UUCAGAUCUGCACACGUUUUUUACGUCAUCGGUCAGACGCACGUCUUCCGAUUUGUAAACUUGAAAACGAGUCCCCAACAAUUUAACUCUGAUGCAUUGUUUAAAAGGUAGUGAUACAGUAUUCCAACGGAAUACCUAAACCGUAUGAAACGGGAAGAAGUAAUUAGGGUUGCUUUCAAAGAUGUCCACAGAUUUGCAAACAGAUUUCCCUCUAGCAGUCGUCGAGGAGAUCUUACUGAAUCUGCCAGCACAGCAGGUGAUUCGAGUCUGUCGGUUGGUGUGUCAUGAGUGGAAGGAGCUGGUGGAUAGUGCUGCUCUCUGGAAAGAGCGCUGUCGGAGAGAGGGCCUCCUGCCGUGCAAUCCCUCAAGACCCCCUGCCAACUGGUGGAUGUUUUACUUUUUAGCUAAGAAACAACGUAACUUGCUCAAGAAUCCCAGUGCAGAAGAGGAAUUCCAUGGAUGGGAGAUAGUAGAGAAUGAUGGUGACUGCUGGGCCAUUGACACAUCUCAAAAAACAAUUCCAAAUAACAUAGGCACUAAAUACUUCGUAACGUCUUACGAGUUAUGUUUGAAGCAACAGCUGAUUAAUUUGGAGGAAGAAGGGUACAGUUCUGCUUUCAUGGAUCAAUUACAACCUGAUAUCAAAAUAACAGACUGGUAUGCCGCACGUUGCGACUGUGGGAGUCAGUAUGAGAUCUGUGUAGAGUUGCUUGAUCAGAAAGGAGAAGUGAUCAGUACCUUUCAGCCUGAAAAAGUUUUCUUUCAGCAGUGGAAUACAGGGCUGUGGAGUGAAAUGACACACGUGUUUAAAGAUUACGGACCUGGGGUUCGGUUUAUCCGUUUUACUCAUGGAGGGAUGGAUACACAGUACUGGGCAGGCUGGUAUGGAAUACGAGUCACUAAUAGUAGUGUGGAGAUCUGUCCAGCUGCAGAGAGAUAG